UCUCCCCCCGUGGGAAAAUAAAAACCCUAACAGGAUCCUCAUCGGACAACUAGAACUCUAUAAAUUCAUCAAUUGAAGCCAAGUCUUUUCGAGGAAUCAGAAUCAGCGAUUUAGAGCGCUCGAGGUUUAUUUGAUUGAUAGCAUCAAAAGUGGUAAUUUAGAGUGUACAGUUGGGUAUAUUAGGCAAUUUGUUCGAUUUAUAUGCGAUUGCACAUGAGAUGGGUUCUCGAGGAGGAAUUUCAUUUGACCUUAAUGAGCCCCCGGCGGAAGAGGAGGAUGAGAAGGGGAGUGUGCCUCUUGUUUUGCCCCAAAAGUCUCUUCCAACAUCGAAUCUUCAGGCCUCCAUUUUGCUUCUGUCUACAGAGGCGAGUUCUCGGAUAGUAAAUAAUCAUGCUUUCACACAUGCAUCUUCGGGUUCUGGGUUUCAACCGUUUGUUAGGUCCAGAAACUUGCAGGUUUCGAGGGAAGGGUCAAAACAGAAGGAAGAGGACUCGAAUGCGGAUGAAGCAUCGACGUCUUUGACUGCAAAUAGAUGUGAUGAUAGUAGAGUUUCCCCUGUUGACAGAGAAGAAGGAGAACUGUGUGAUAUGGAUGGGAAUGAUGAUAGAACUCAGAAUGUUGAAAUUGAAGAGAAACAUAAAGUAGCUGAAGACAAUGAGUGUAGGAAUAAAACAAAUAACGAUUCUAGGUUUACGGGGACUAGCAAAGGUGAUGUAGGAGACAAUGAGAAAGAAGGGAAACCUGAGCUUGGAUUGGAAUCAGAAGGCAGUGGAGAUUUGAACUGUACUUCUAAGGGGGAUGCUGUUGCAGAUGGUCCAGAAGAACCUCCUGCAAGUUUGAAGUCUAAAGAUAUCAAAGGAGUUGAGGCAAGUCAUGCAGCAAGAAUUGCAAACAACCCUGGAAAGAGGCCUAAGUUCGAUGAGCACAGGGAAGCAAUGCUGGGAAAGAAAAGGGCUAGGCAGACUGUGUUUAUCAAUGCAGAGGAUGUCAAGCAUGCAGGUUCUAUGAAGACCUCAACGCCAAAGAGACCAGCAUCUUUUCCAUCAAUCGUUACUCGUACUGUAAAAGAAGCUAGUCGUAAUAACUCUGCCGGGAAUGAACGGCAGUCUAUGACCAAGAUUCAGAAGCAACCGAGUAUGAACUCAGAAUCAGGUAACCGUGUGGAGUGUAGUGACCUGAAGCCUGAGCCAAAUGGCGAUGUUAAUUCUGGGUCACGUUCUCGAUCCAAAAAAACUAAUGGUAAUGAAUCCCCAUCUGAUUUAUAUUCACCUAGCACAGCUAAAGAGGAUUCGUGGAAACAGUCUUCAGAGUCUAGGCAGUUUAAAAACCCACCAGCUUCAUCUCGAAAACAAAAUGCAACAGGUCAGAGUGUUACUGAUCAAAAAACAGGUAGCAAAAAGCACCUUCCCCCUAAGAAGCAAACUUCAAAUAAUCUACAAUAUCAAGAUACAUCAGUGGAGCGGCUUCAUCGAGAAGUGACAAACGAUAAGUUUUGGCAUCAUCCAGAGGAGGCGGAGCUUCAAUGUGUGCCAGGGCACUUUGAAUCUGUUGAAGAGUACGUCCGUGUCUUUGAGCCUUUGCUCUUUGAGGAAUGUAGAGCGCAAUUGUACAGCACAUGGGAGGAGUUGACAGAAUCUUCUAAGGAUGCACACACCAUGGUUCGUGUAAGAACUGUGGAAAGACGAGAAAGAGGAUGGUAUGAUGUAAUAGUUUUUCCAGCAUAUGAAUGCAAGUGGACCUUUAAAGAGGGGGAUGUUGCAGUUCUUUCAUCACCGAGGCCUGGUGCAGCGAGAUCUAGUAAAAGGAUUACUAAUGCUGGUGCUAAUAAAGAGGACUCUGAACCUGAUAUUUCGGGACGAAUUGCCGGUACUGUUAGGCGUCAUAUACCUACCGACACUCGUGAUCCUAUUGGAGCAAUUCUUCAUUUCUAUGUUGGGGAUUCGUAUGAUUCUAGUAGCAAAGGGGAAGACAAUCAUAUUCUGAGGAAGUUCCAGCCAAAGAGUGUCUGGUACCUUACUGUGCUUGGAUCUCUGGCAACUACUCAACGCGAGUAUGUUGCCUUACAUGCAUUUCGUCGUCUUAGCUCGCAGAUGCAAAAUGCUAUUUUGAAGCCCAGUCCUGAGCACUUCCCCAAGUAUGAAGAGCAGCCUCCUGCAAUGCCAGAAUGUUUUACUCCCAGUUUUAUAGAUCAUCUUCAUAGGACUUUUAAUGGUCCACAGUUGGCAGCAAUUCAGUGGGCUGCAAUGCAUACAGCUGCAGGUACGACCAAUGGACUUACAAAAAGGCAAGAGCCUUGGCCUUUCACACUUGUUCAAGGCCCUCCUGGUACAGGGAAAACGCACACAGUAUGGGGUAUGCUAAAUGUAAUCCAUCUAGUCCAAUAUCAGCAUUACUACACUGCUCUCCUUAAGCAACUUGCUCCAGAGAGCUACAAACAAUCUAAUGAGUGCAGUUCCGAGAGUACCUGUGUAGGUUCAAUUGAUGAAGUACUGCAGAGUAUGGACCAAAAUCUUUUCCGCACUCUCCCAAAACUAUCUCCUAAGCCUAGAAUGCUUGUGUGUGCUCCAUCAAAUGCUGCAACUGAUGAAUUGCUAGCACGAGUCCUCGAUCGUGGAUUCAUUGAUGGUGAGAUGUCGAUGUACCGACCCGAUGUUGCUCGAGUUGGAGUGGAUUCACAAACUAGAGCAGCUCAAGCAGUUUCUGUUGAGAGAAGGACUGAGCAGCUUUUACUCAAGGGCCGUGAAGAGGUUAUUGGGUGGAUGCAUCAGUUGAGAGCUCGUGAAGCUCAAUUCUCACAACAGAUAUCUCUUCUUCAGAGACAACUUAAUGCCGCUGCCGUAGUUGGUCGAUCUCAAGGCUCGGUUGGUGUCGAUCCUGAAGUUCUUCUUGCUCGUGAUCAAAAUCGUGAUGUUUUAUUGCGAAGUCUUGCUCAAGCUGUUGAACAAAGAGAUAAAGUGUUGGUGGAGAUGACCCGGCUUUGUAUUUUGGAGAGCAGGUUUCGUCCUGGAAGCAACUUUAAUUUGGAAGAUGCUCGAGCUCACCUUGAAGCGAGUUUUGCUAAUGAAGCCGAGAUAGUUUUCACCACUGUUUCAAGUAGUGGUCGGAAGAUAUUUUCUCGUCUCGCACAUGGCUUUGAUAUGGUAGUUAUAGAUGAAGCAGCCCAGGCAAGUGAAGUAGCAGUACUUCCACCACUUUCACUUGGUGCUGCGAGAUGUGUUCUUGUGGGAGAUCCUCAGCAACUUCCUGCAACUGUUAUUAGUAAAGCAGCAGGAACUUUGCUUUAUAGUAGAAGUCUUUUUGAGAGGUUUCAGCAAGCAGGUUGUCCGACUAUGCUAUUGUCUGUUCAAUACAGGAUGCAUCCUCAAAUUCGUGAUUUUCCGUCAAGAUACUUCUACCAGGGACGCUUAACUGACAGUGAGAGUGUUGCCAAUUUACCAGAUGAAAUGUACUAUAAAGACCCUUUGCUUCAGCCAUAUGUAUUCUAUGAUAUUGUGCAUGGACGAGAGUCUCACAGAGGUGGCUCAGUAUCAUACCAGAAUAUUCAUGAAGCACAGUUCUCUUUAAGGUUAUAUGAACAUCUUCAGAAUUUUUCGAAGUCUAAUGGCGGGAAGAAGGUAACUGUUGGCAUCAUCACGCCAUAUAAACUGCAGCUGAAGUGCCUCCAAAGAGAAUUUGAGGAGGUUCUCAACUCAGAAGAAGGGAAGGAUAUUUACAUAAACACUGUUGAUGCUUUUCAAGGGCAGGAGCGAGAUGUCAUUAUUAUGUCUUGUGUGCGUGCUUCAAACCAUGGAGUUGGUUUUGUUGCUGAUAUUCGUCGUUCUAAUGUUGGUGUUUUCCAGGUUGUGGGCAAUGCAAAUGCUCUUAUGCAAUCUGAUGAUUGGGCUGCACUGAUCACAGAUGCAAAGUCGAGGAGUUGCUUCAAGGAUAUGGAGAGUAUCCCUAAAGAUUUAUUGAUUUUGAAAGGGUCGAGACAUAGUCCAGAAAAGUUUUCUUCUAAUGAUAGCAGGAGUUUUAGGACUCCUGGGCAGAGAUAUAGACAGUUGGAUAUGCAUCCAGAUGCGAAAUCCGGUACACAAUCUGAAGGUGAAGAUAGGUUGAAUAAUUUUCCUCGUAGAAAUGGUAGUUAUAGAGAUAUAAAGGCAGCCGAUAAUUCUUUGGAUAAUCUGGGGCAUUCAAGUGACAGAUCUCGAGAACAACAUGGCCUUGCUAAGCGGCAAAAUACUUCAAGAGGCUUGUAGACGAGUGAGAGUGAACAGGAUGCUGGUAUCUGCAGUCUCUGAGCUUGCGAGGUGCUCAAACGACAACGAUCGAGAAAGCAAAUCGGGCUGUUCAAAUUUGGAAGUCAGGCUUGACACGUCAGCGGCCGCUCGGAUUUGAUGAAUGAGGUCAGGAAAAAAUGAUGGUAUUAUGAUGGUGGGAAAGCUUUCACAACUUUGGCAUUCAGAGUUAAUUUUGUAAGUUUCGUAGUUUAGAAUUCAGGAGAAAUGUGGCAAAUUAGCCAAUUGUUGAUGGUGAAUUGGAGGGGAGAAAAUUCUAGAACAAAAAGCACACAGUGAAAGUUGUAAAAUUGUGAUGUUUAUAUAAAAAUUAUUUUGGAAAUUAUCAUGUGAAAGAGUAGAAUAACCGGUGAUAGUGAAUAAUAAACUAUUGUAUA